AUGACUACUCCUGCAAGUACGACUGCAGCUGCUCAAACCACCGCUGUGACGGGAUGUCACCUUCACGGCUCACAAACAUUUUGUAUUGCUGGAAACGGCAACGAAGUGGUGGUGACUGGCACGGCUACUGCAACUGGUCCUCCGCCAUCCCAGUUUACGGGUUGUCAUAGCCACGGCAAGAAUACAUUUUGUUUAGGCCCAAAUGAGGAUGAGUAUGAAGUCCUCUCUGACAAUGCCACACCCGGUGAAGAGCAUGGCCACGAAGAGCACGGCCACGAAGAAGAUGGACACGGAGAAAGUGGGCACGAAGGGCUGAAUUGCCAUUUCCACGCAGGCGUAGAACAUUGCGUUCCUACAAACGGAGGCGAGGCUCCCCCCAAGUCAUGCGACCGUGUUGAUCGAGACUACAACAUACCGUACCGUGUCGGAUCUCUAUUCGUCAUUCUCGUUACUAGUGGGAUCGCUGCCUUUGGUCCUAUCUUAUUGUCACGGUUCUUUGCUUCGAAAAUGAAUAUAUUUGCAUUCACGGUAAUUAAACAGCUUGGCACAGGCAUCAUGAUUGCAACUGCCUUCAUACAUCUCCUGACACAUGCGGAGCUGAUGUUCGGGAACGAAUGCCUUGGUGUUCUACAAUAUGAAGCUACAGCCACUUCGAUAUUUAUGGCCGGUCUAUUUUUAACAUUCAUGAUUGAAUACCUUGGAAACAGGGCUAUUUUAUCACGGGGAAAAAGACAGCUAGAAGCUGACGAUGUUGAACCGUCAGCGGCCUCUAGCCAGCAUGGUACGGAGUUGGGCCCAAAACCCGUGGUAGAUUCGGCCAUCGCGAACUUAGGCCACAACCACAGCUGCACAGAUGUACCAGAUGACAAACUGAGCGUCGCUCUCAUGGAGGCCGGCAUCGUAUUCCACUCAGUUAUCCUCGGUGUUACUCUAGUGGUCUCAGGAGACUCCGGCUACACCCCGUUAUUCAUUGUGAUAAUCUUCCAUCAAAUGUUCGAAGGUCUAGCUCUUGGUUCCCGAAUUGCCGAGUUGCCAAAGACAGGAAUUUCGACUAAAUUCAUCAUGGCCGCUAUCUUUUCUAUCAUCACGCCCCUCGGUAUGGCUAUCGGGCUCGGCGUCCUUCAUACGUUUAACGGCAAUGAUCGAAGUACUAUCAUAGCUAUAGGUACCCUCGAUGCAUUGUCCGCUGGUAUACUUGCAUGGGCUGCCAUUGUUGACAUGUGGUGCCACGACUGGAUCCAUGGUGAUCUGAAGGAUGCUAGUUUUGCCCGAACGGUGACCGGACUUUUGUCACUCGUUGCUGGAAUGGUCUUGAUGGGAGUACUGGGUAAAUGGGCUUGA